AGGCCUAACAAGAAGCUAUUAGAUUACUACCUUAGCCCUUUUAAAGUCACUUGUAUUACGUUAAAUAAGUUAGCCUAUAAGCUUAAGUUACCCUUAGUAUUUAAAAUCUACCUUAUAUUUUAUAUGUUCUUACUAGAGCUGUACUACUAUAGAGCUAGCGUAACACUAGAGCUACCUAGCCUAGACGUUAUAAAAAGGCAAGAAGAGUUUAAGGUAGAAUUAAUUUUAGUAUAUAAAGAAUAA